AUGGAUAACGAGGAAAAUUUAGAAGGGAUGAUGGGGGAGUGGUUGGAGUAUGCUGAAACUAAUUUGUCAAGUUCUGAUGGAGAAGAACAAGCGAAGGAAAGGAAAAAAGAGAACGUACGAAAGAAGAGAAAUGAUCAACAAAAUCAAGAUAAGGAAAAAGACAAAGAGACCGAGAAAGAGGAUAAUGAAAAAGAAAAGGAGAAAGAGGUUGAACGACCAGAAAAGAAGCAAAGGGUUGGAAAGAAAACAUCGAGCGUGUGGGAUCAUUAUACUAUGUUGCCUGAUUGUGAUCCUAAGAAGCCAAGAGCUGCUUGUAAUUAUUGUGGCACCGAUUAUGCGGCUGAUACAAAGUUGAAUGGGACUAGCACACUAUGGGCACAUGUGGAGAGAAAAUGUAAGAAGUGUCCUUUUAGUGACUGGGUUGAGCAAAGUAAGAAGCAACAAUCAACUAUGGAUAGAUUUACUAAAAAGACAACAACCUGCAAUGAAGAAGAAGUUGCUUCAAGUGGGCUGCCGCUAAGGUUUAAUCAAAAUGAUGUUAGGAAAGUGAUCACCGAAUAUAUCAUUAUGGAUGAGUUAUCCUUUAGGCAUGUGGACGGAAAAGGAUUUCAAAAGCUCAUUAAACAUUUCUUUCCCACAUUUCAGUUCCCAUCAAGAUUUACUGUUGCGAGAGAUAUUUACAAUGCGUUUCUAGAUCAGAAGAAAGAGUUGAAGUCGAUUUUGAAGAGAAUUAUCAACUUUAUUCAAGUUCCUAGCCAUAAAGGGGACUUGGUGGGGAAAGAGUUGAUAAAUUGUCUUAAUGAGUGGGGUAUCUCCUCAGUUUUUGCAGUGACGGUUGACAAUGCCUCCUCAAAUGACGUUGCUCUUAGAAAAUUGAAGGGGCACUUGUUGGACAAAGACAAUACCAUUCCAUUGAAUGUAACUGAUGGGUUGAAAGAGUUGAAUGAUGCAAUUUCAAGCAUUCGAAAUGCGGUGAGAUAUGUCCGGUCAUCUCCAGCUAGACUGAAAAGAUUUAAAGAAAGUUGCAAGGAUGCAAACAUUGAAUCAAAAGCCUUGUUAUACUUGGAUGUGGUUACUAGGUGGAACUCCACCUACUUGAUGUUAGAAUCUGCUAUUAAAUUCAAGAAGGCUUUUGAGAAUUUGGAAGCAGAUGCGAACUACACAAAGUACUUUGAUGAAGAAAGAAUGGAUGGCCCACCAACCAACCUAGACUGGGAAAAAGCAGUUGUAUUUGUCGACUUUUUGAGGAGAUUCUAUGAUCUUACUAAUCGAUUUAGUGGGUCAUUAUAUGUCACAUCCAAUCUAUUCCUUCCAGAUAUUUUGAAGGUUCAAGCUGAUUUAACUACUAUGGCUUCUAAUCCUGAUACUUUGUUAGGGGCUAUGGCAGUUAGUAUGAAACGAAAGUAUGACAAGUACUGGGGAAGGAUUGAGAAGCUGAAUAUGUUGACAUUUAUUGCCAAUAUCCUUGAUCCAAGGUAUAAAUUAGAGGUUGUGAAUCGUGGUUUUAAAUUUGUGUACACUUCAAGUGAGGCUGAAAAAAUGAUAAAGUUGGUGACAAAUACUUUGGCACAGCUAUAUGCUUUUUAUAAACAACAACAACCAUCUCAGUCAUCUCAAGCUCAACCAUCUCAAUCUCAGUCUCAGCCAUCUCAGCCUGUUAUCAAUUCCACUACAGAAUCAUUUCUUCAAGGGCAAUUACAACUUAGUGAUGAUAUUGAAGAAGAUGAUCUUGAAUACUACUUGAGUGAUCGUCGUGAGAAACUUGAUCCUACCUUUGAUAUUCUACGAUGGUGGAAACAGAAUGGAUUCAAGUAUCCAAUAAUUGCGCGCAUGGCAAAAGAUGUAUUGGCUGUUCAGAUGUCUACAGUAGCAUCUGAAUCAGCCUUUUCUACUGGGGGAAGAAUCUUAGAUUCAUUUAGGAGUUCCUUAUCCCCGAGGAUGGUGGAGGCUUUGAUUUGUUCUAAAAAUUGGUAUACUUGUGAGUCUGAAGAGCCUGUUGUGCUUCGACAAUACAUGGAUGAGAUUGAUGGUUUAGAGGCAUGUGAACAAGUUUUUCCGGGUAUUUAUUUACUUAAUAGCUUAUUCUAA